UUUGAGAGAGACCGAUACCCGCCGACCCCAGCUGAGCGCGCAGGGCAGCCACCCACCCCAGCGGCCAGUCCGCCACCAUGGCAGCCCCGAGCGCCCUCCUCGCCGCCGGCGCCACGGCACUGGUCGCCGUCGCGGCCGUCUUCCUCCUCCCUGACCCCGCUUCCCGCCUCCCAUGGGCGCCGCGGGGACGCUUCGCCGACAUGAUUCUGGCCAACGCCACCAUCUACACCGCCGACCCCGCCCGCCCCUUCGCCGCCGCCAUGGCCGUCCGCGCCGGCCGCGUGCUGCGCGUCGGCACCUACGACUCCCUCAAGGAAUUCAAGGGCCGAGACACGUAUGAGCUGAAUCUCAGUGGCAAUGUGGUGCUCCCGGGAUUCAUCGACUCCCAUGUGCACCUAAUCGAUGGUGGCCUGCAGUUGGCGAGGGUCCCGCUUCGAGGGGUUAGAAGCAAAGAUGAGUUCAUCAGCAGGGUGAAGGGAGCCGUCAGAGAUAAACAUCCUGGCGAGUGGGUACGAGGAGGAGGUUGGAACAAUGAUUUUUGGGGUGGUGAAAUCCCCACUGCUGCUUGGUUAGACGAUAUAUCUCCUGAUAAUCCAGUCUGGCUCUCACGCAUGGAUGGUCACAUGGGAUUGGCCAAUUCACUAGCUAUGAAGAUUGCUGGGAUUGACAAAAACACAAAUGACCCAGUUGGUGGAACUAUUGUAAGAACAACGGAAAGAGAGCCCACUGGUCUGCUGGUUGAUGCUGCUAUGAAGCUUGUAUUUAAUGUGAUUCCAGAAGUAUCUGUAAAUGAUAGAAGAGAGGCUCUCCUUACAGCAAGCAGACACGCCCUAAUGAGAGGGGUGACUACUGUUGUUGAUGUUGGAAGUUAUGUCCCUGGGACCUCAGAAGAACAAACUUGGCAAGAUUUUUCAGAUGUCUAUGAAUGGGCUCAUUCUAUGGGAAAGAUGAUGAUUAGAGUCUGCUUAUUCUUCCCAAUGCCGACAUGGCCUCGUGUUUCUGAUCUUAUUCAUGAAAGAGGUCGAUCCUUAAGUGGGUGGAUUCAUCUAGGUGGUGUGAAAGCUUUUCUUGAUGGUUCUUUGGGUUCCUCAAGUGCAUGGUUCUAUGAGCCUUAUGAGGAUGUUCCUGGCGAUUAUGGUCUCCAAUUGUUAGAUAUGGAUGUUCUGCUCAAUGCAACAUUAGAAUCAGACAAAUCAGGACUUCAGGUUGCCAUACAUGCAAUUGGAGAUAAAGCUAACGAUAUGCUGCUAGAUAUGUUCGACAAGGUUGUUAGUUUGAAUGGAACAAAGGACCGUAGGUUCCGGAUUGAGCAUGCACAGCAUCUAUCCCCAGGUGCAGCAACGCGCUUCGGAGAGCAUGGUAUCAUUGCAUCUGUGCAGCCAGAUCAUUUGUUGGAUGAUGCCGACUCUGCUGGAAGGAAGAUCGGGGUAGAACGAGCUGAGCGGAGCUCCUACUUGUUCCGAUCACUACUUGCCGGUGGCGCACAUCUGGCUUUUGGUUCUGAUUGGCCUGUUUCAGAUAUUUACCCGUUGCAAGCUAUUAGAACCGCGAUGUCCCGUAAGCUGCCUGGAUGGGAGGCGCCCUGGAUCUCCGCAGAGCGCUUGCCCCUGGAUGAUUCCUUGAAAGCGCACACGAUAUCUGCCGCCUACGCCUGCUUCCUGGACCAUGUCCUGGGCAGCCUCGUCGAAGGGAAGUACGCCGAUUUCGUGGUCCUGCCGUCCACCUCGUGGCGCGAGUUCGCCGACGACAUCCCGGGGCACGUCCUGGCGACGUAUGUGAAUGGCAAGCAGGCCUACCCAUAGCCCCCGUCCGAGGCAACGGCGCUCCGGCAGCCUCCAAGUCCAGGCCGGAUUCAGAUAGAUAGAAGACGCACAUGUCUUAGCAGCACAAACCAUUGUCAGUUAACUCUGGAAGUACUAAUUGUCAUACCAAUCUUAUUCAGUGGUACAAGGAUUACGUUGGAUCCAGGUAUAUUUUUUUUCGUACAUAAUGAAUCGAGCACUUGUGGGUA